AUGAUCCUUUUGUUUAUGUCAGGACCCCCAGGGUUACUUUAUGCUUGGGUAGCUGUUUUACAACAAUCCAGUGUGGUUUCUUUGUUCCUUGUUAAGGCAUUUCUUUUGCCUGAAAUCCAAAGAGUGGCGUUCGAUGCGGUUUUAACUAGGGAAUACGCAGAUGAUGUGGUUCUUUUAGGUAGAUUAAGAAGAGUAGUCAAAGUACCAUACUAUAUUCAAUUUAUGGAUACUCUUUGGUAUUUACCUUCAAUGUUAAUUCUCCCUUAUAAUAUUUUAAGAACUAUAGUGUUAUUUGGUGUUAGUUCAAUACCAAUGCUUGGUCCUUGUAUAGCAAUAUUUCUUCAGGCUCCUUCUUCUGGUCUCAGAAGUCAUUCCAGAUAUUUUGUUCUUAAAGGUUUGGAUUUCAGACAGGUUUCUGCUAUUUAUAAGGCAAACUCAGGAGCAUACAUGGGGUUUGGUAUCACUAGUACUUUAUUAGAACAAAUCCCUAUCCUUAGUGUCUUUUUUAUGUUCACCAAUACAAUUGGUGCCAGUCUUUGGGCAGUGAAUAUUGAACAUAAUUUGAAAAAUACACCCAUACAUGAUGCUCAACCUGAAAAAUUAUUUGUUCCUGUUUUGCAGCCAGUAGAAUUGAAUGAUCAAAACGAAGUUGAACCAGAAGAUCAUCCAACUUCUAUUCCUCUAUAA